ACAUUGGUGCACUUUUGAGAAGCGCGGCGCAGGAUACCGAUAAUCCGUUUGGAGCUUUUUAUGCCGCUUUGCUGCGGUAUUUGUCAGUCGUAUCGAAUCAUUAUUGCAAUAUUUCAACUUUUAUGCCUAUUCGCAAGUUGCAAUCUAAGGAAAGUCACUUUGGGAAUCUAGCAAGUAAAAGUUUUAAGUCUUCCUUGAAUCGUACUGAAUAUAAAAAGUGGGUAGAAGCCAGGAAGUCAUUCAAAGAACACGACGAAUUAUUAUCUAAAGACCAGUUG